GGGAGUUCUCUUGCGUUCAACGCAAUUUCGGGGUCGUUCGUAGCGCUUAUAUCCCUGUCAUAUCUCAUGGCAAUCUUCCUAUAUCUCUUGAGAGGGCGGCAAAGUGCAAUACGAGGUUCUUUCCAUGUGAAAGGCUUGCUUAGGUAUAUCGUCGGGAUCGUAUCAUGCGCCUAUUUAGCCGUUAUGAUUAUCUUUUAUAACUUCCCGUACGCUAUGCCCGUGAAUAUUGACGAGAUGAAUUAUUCUUGCGUCCUGUUCGGAGCUAUGGUUAUCUUCCCAGGGCUAUGGUGGAUCAAGAUUCGCAAAACAUAUCGUGGACCGCCUGUCGAAAUGCUAGCAUAG